CGUCACAAUAUGGCUUUCAAAUUUAAUUGUAACAAAAAUUAUUUAUGAAAAACUGAAGUCGAAUUGAUUGAUUGAUUCAACAUUUGAUUUUUGGUAUAUUUACUAUUUGCGAAAUUAUGAACUUUUGGAAAGUCAAUCGGGUUAGGUCUUAUUUGCCUUCAGAAAAGAAAAAGCCUUUUGUGUACUUUUUAGGGACACCUUGUAUCUGCAACCCCUACGAAUUGAGUUUUCCUAUACCGUACUUUUUUGUUUACAAUACCGGCAAAUUUCGGAAAAUUAUUUUAAGAAAAACCAACAUUUUAUGCAACAAUAGAAGAAAAAAAAAACGUUUCCGACAGAUAUUAAUUAUUAUCCUCCAAGAAUCUAGGUAGUUAACCUGGCGUAGCCAAUUACGGAGGGAGGGAGAAAAAAUAACCCGGGUGCCUCGUUAUCACAGAACUUUUCAGUCUCGUAAAUAUUUACUCAGCGAUACAGAUCUGCCAAAAUAUAGGUGCCAUUAAGAUAUCGCGUUCGGGCUCUGUCUAAUUCUUUCGAAAAUAAUGAACGUUUUUGGCUAGUCUGACGGGGCUCAAGUCGACAGGGGGUGAUAAAUGAUCCCGUUUAUUUUCGGAUUAUACAGGGCGUAUCGAUUUAAACUGGCAAGACUAUGACAUUCAAUGGUACUACGGGAGUGUCAAAUUUAUUAUUUUUAAUUUUAUAAUAACCUACACACCUAUGAAAAAUGAUAAUUUAGCAUUAUUUAAAUUUAGUUCAACUUUUUAUAUAUACAAUAUAAAAUAUUGCAAGGAUUAAAUAGUUAUUUUUAUAAAGUCAAUUUUUAAAUUUAAAAACAUUUCAAAGUAAACACAAAAUUUUGUAUUAAGUAAAAAUAAUUAUAAUCUUUAAAAAAAUGUGUUAAUUGUUGUUUCAAUGUUGUCAAUUUUGGAUGUGCCAAACUUUUUUAGAGAUACUUAAUAAUGCGUAUGUCGCUGGGCGAUUAUUUGGAUAUACCAAUCGAUUUUUAAAACAUGUACUACCGUUUUUAGAGUUUAUAGUUUUGUUAGUUUGGUUAGCCUCAAACAUAUAUAUGUACGUAUAUACAAGGUGUUUCAUAAUAAGUUUUUGAUCUUUAAGAUAUAAUCUAUAAUCUACCUAUUUAUCUAUCUAUCUAAUCUAUAAUAUAUGAUUUUAUUGAUAUAAAAUUUAUUUCUUAAAAUCAUCCAAAGAAUCACACGCUUGAUAUGAAUCACCCCGUAUACGUUCAUAAAGAUUGUUUUAAUUAUUCCAGUUUUCUAAUAAUAAAUAAGUGAGCUUUGAACCUUCGAAUAUUACAAUUACUUUUCAAUAAUUAUUUUAAAAAUGUGACGCUCCGUCUAUCGACAAAACUUAAGCACUUGUAGGGCUAAGUAUUAUACAAGUUUUUGUUGAAAAUUUUCAAAAUGCUAACUACUGUUUAUAGGGUCCCGUAUCGAGAAAUGUUCAUCAAUGAAACCGAACGGCCUUGCGGUGCGAUGCGAUCCGUUCCGGGAAAGGCACUUUUAUAAAUAAUAACUGUUGCGAAUACGGCGAGUUUUAAGAAAAACAAAAUCUUGGUUUUAUUUAGCUUUAAGAGGAAAAAUGGUCGGGACGUGUCCCCAAGACAAUACGAUGCCGCAAGCCGUAAACAAAUUGCCUAUAUAAAAUAACGAUGCAGAUUUUGAUGAGAAACAAAAUCGGUGUGUCAAGCAAGAGCGAAACAAAAUGUUACCCAUUGGUUUUUGUUGUUUGAUCUUGACCUUCGCGUCGACCAGUUUCGAACCUGUCGUCGCUUUCGAACCUGUCGUCCUCUCCCGCAACCUCCUGGAAGAAGUCGGUAUCGAAGAACCGAUCGAGAUCGAAAAGAGUCUCCAAACCGAACGUUAUCCCACCAGAGCGUGCUUUCACAAAUACGUAAUAAUGAGGGAGACCAGAUUCCCGCCCAUGACCAGCGAGACCUGGAAGGAAUACGAGGUGGUAUUCGACGCUCCGGCUCCAAAAUUUGAAGACGCGUCUCACUCUCACAAAGAAACUACCGAGUUCAACCUCACGGACCUCGAUACCGGCGAGGUUAGGUUGGCUAGAUUCGUGACCAUAUUUAAAAAUUCGUCCGUCGUCGUGCGGAAACAUACGGAAACUCACUGCGGUGAAGGGAAGUUCUUGGUCAAGAGGUACUCGAGCUGGGACGCCGGCAAACGGGUCACCAUCAAGCUGACGGACAAGGUCGAUGAAGACGUGAGAGAAUUCGACGGGUUCCUCGGUAAUACGGAGUCGCGUGCUAAAACCGACCCCAAGGAUCGAACGGAGGGGCGGCUACAUCGAAAAGGGAAGAGCAAACGUUUCGACGAAUCCGAAUUUGACUACGACGACGACGACCGAGACUUGCCCAAGUCGCUGAACGUGGGUAAAAGCAAAAGUAAAUCAGACGGAUGGGAUACCCGGAGGAAUCGUCCCGGAACCGAUCGCCUAGGCGAAUCGGCACCCCUGAAUCCGGAGGACGACGCGAAAGGGUGCUCGGGGGCGGCGAAGGUGUUAUUCCAGCUUUUUCGUUUUCCCUGCGGCUUGGAUUUCGACGAGAGCGGUAAAAUUAACGUGAAGGGAGGCUACGUCGUCAGCAAAAAGGUGAUGGUGGAGGACGAGAACGGCGGAAUCGUAGAGAAGGACAAGCACCUGUUCGCGAUACGCGAGGAUUCCAACAUCGAGCUGUCGAUGGACGGCGAAGGCCUCCGAGCUCUCGCGACUUAAAUAUGCCACACAGGG